AUGCUCGGUAUUGGCCAGUCUUCCGACCAGCAUACCCCAAAGCGCAUCGAAUUUUUUGACGAUAUUCGUGUCAGGAACGUUUCUUGCGGUGGCUGGCACACUGUGGUGGUUGCCGAGUCGGGAGAUUGCUAUGCGUUCGGGCGGGGUGAGUAUGGCCGAUUGGGUCUUGGUGAUACAAAAAGUCGUACGCGACCGCAUUUGGUAAAAGCUUUAAAGGGUAAAUCUGUGGUUCACGCUGCAUGUGGUGGUUCUCAUACUCUUUUUGUCACCAACGACGGAACUGCCUUCGUUGCUGGACGAUCCGACCACGGAAGAUUAGGCUUGGUGGACAUGAAGUCAUUGGCAAUACCUACACGUCUGGAUCUCGGUCCGAUUACCAUUCUUCAAGUAUCUGCAGGAGCGUCGCCUGCCUUAAAUAGAGUAAUCGACAAACAAAACAUGGAUUGA